UGGGGGGGCAUCUGCCGUUCCUCUAAGCUUUUCGGUUUGCGCGGGCUGGCCAGCUUCGAGGACGGUGUAAGCUGUGCCGGCAGCUGACGAUGGAGGAAUUGGAGCAAGGCCUGUUGACACAGCCGUGGGCAUGGCUACAGCUUGCUGAGAACUCCCUCUUGGCCAAGGCCUGUAUUACCAGGCAGGGUUAUGCCUUACUGGUUUCAGAUCUGCACCAGGUGUGGCAUGAACAGGUGGACACCACUGUGGUCAUCCAGAGGGCCAAGGAGUUGAACAAGCGCCUGACGGCACCUCCUGCAGCUUUCCUCUGUCAUUUGGAGGAUUUGCUCCGCCCACUGUUGAAAGACACCUCCUGCCCUAAUGCAGCUACCUUCUCCUGUGACCAGACCACAGAAGCACUGAUUCUGCAGGUGCGGAGUGAGCUCUCUGGUCUCCCAUUCUGUUGGAAUUUCCACUGCACCCCAGCUAGUCCUUUCUUGGUCUCCCAGCAUUUGAUUCGUCCUCUGAUGGGCAUGAGUCUGGCAUUGCAGAGCCAAGUGAGGGAGCUAGCAAUGUUGCUUCGCAUGAAAGAUAUCGAGAUCCAGGAGUACCAGGAGAGUGGGGCCGUGCUGAGCCGAGAUCGACUGAAGACAGAGCCAUUUGAAGAAAAUUCCUUCUUAGAACAUUUCAUGGUAGAGAAACUGUCAGAGGCCUGCAGUGUUGGUGAUGGAAGGUCCUUUGUCCUGAGUCUGCAGAGUCUUUACCUGGCAGUCACCAAGCAAGAGGUACAGAGGGGACAGAAGCCUCAAGGCACAGCAGAUCUGCUGACCUCAAGCAGUGCCACCAUACAAACUGCUGACAACCAACUUGUGGAUCAGCCAGAACAGCCAGUCGUCUCAGCAGCAGCCCUUUCAGGGCCUGAGAAAGAGCCCGCUGUUAUUUCAACCUCUUCUCAGAGACCUCAGCUAUCAAAAGCCAAGAGGAAGAAGCCAAGGGGACUCUUCGAUUAACCUGUCCCAACUGCUGGGGAUGGCCUUAGAAAGGAGCUAGCCUGGCAGCAGAAUCCCUGAGACAGAGUCCUGGACAAGCAAGCUGAAAUCCAUGGCCCCUAGCUACUUGAUGGGAGGGGCUGCAAAGGCAACAGGAGCAUGGCUCUCACCCAUGGGGCACUGUCCUUGCCUGGUCUAGUGGAGACCAGUCUCUGGGCAUCUUGCAUUUGCUUUUGAUGGAGUUUCUCUACCAGGACCCAGCUAGAGAACGAAGCAGUAGAAAGGCACAGAAAGUCUGCCUUGCCAGGUUCUCCCCAGGGACCCACCUGACUUCUUGGCAGAGAAUAAAGCACACUCUCUUGGACUGCC